AUGCCCCCUCGGGACGAAUCGGCAGCAUAUGCCUUGGAUGAUGCUAUUCUCUUUGCUCGUAUCCCGGCACGUUACCGCUCGGAGCCUCUCACAGAGGUCUUCGAGGCAUACGAGCGACUUCGUCGAGAAACGAUCAACCGCGCUUUCAAAGAAUCCCGCCGCAUGUGGGAUAGAAAUCGUGACUUGGGCUUUUUGGAAGGCCGGCUUAAAGAGUGGACGACGCCCUUCCAGAUUCGGAGUCACCGCGAUGACCGAGAAAGUGCGUGGGAGUUUGACGCAACCAAGAUUCUGCUUCCGACACCGACUCCAAGCGAGGAUUUGGUGUCGCUGAAUUCAUUCUUGAAAGAAGGCACAGCAUAA